AUGCUUUUCACCGGAGCGUAUAAGACUGACUUGUCACCACGGUUUCAGCUCGGAAAUUGGUCUGAGAAAACUGGCUGGCUUUUCGAGAACAGAUACACGAAUAAAUGGGAAUUCAACAUCGAUCCCGCCGCCGAGGAUCUGGCAGGGCUUCAUCUUCGUGUCGUCGUCUAUCUGGAGGAACCGUUCGUGACGAAGAACGCUGCAAACCACUAUGAAGGCUUCUGCAUCGACUUACUGAAUGAGAUGGCGGCGAUUCUAAAAUUCAACUACACAAUCAUCGAAGUCCAGGAUGGUAGCUAUGGCAUAGAGGACGAUUCAGGUCGAUGGAAUGGCAUCAUCGGUGUGUUGCAGAGACAUGAAGCUGACGUAUCUGUAUCGGCUGUGACUAUCACCUAUAGUCGUGUAGAGGUCGUGGAUUUCACACUGCCAUUCAUGCAUUUGGGUAUUUCAAUUCUUCUAGCAAAGACCAAAGAUGACACAGAAAAGAGUUCUUUAUUCACGUUUCUGGAGCCGCUUUCGCUAUCCGUGUGGUUCUCGCUCAUCGGCGCUUACCUCUGCGUAUCGUUCAUGAUGUACCUAUUGGCAAGGUUCAGCCCUUACGAAUGGUACGACAUUGAGAAAAUCGACGGCCGAGACCGAAGCAUCGAGAAUCAGAAGAAUCAGUUCAGUGUUCUGAAUUCGUUAUGGUUUUCCGUUGGUUCAUUGAUGCAGCAAGGUAGUGACGUCAUACCGAGAGCGGCCGCCACCCGAAUAGUUGCAGUUAUUUGGUGGAUGUUCACCCAGAUUCUCAUUUCGUCCUAUACUGCUCAGUUAGCUGCAUUUCUAACAGUAGAACGAAUGACUACACCGAUUGAGAGCACUGCUGACCUAGCGAAUCAGCAAAAGAUUCGUUAUGGGACUUUGAAGAGUGGCAGCACCAUGAACUUCUUCAAGGAAAGUAGGAUUCCAAUUUAUGAGCGAAUGUGGUCAGUUAUGGAAUCCGCGUCUCCUACUGUCUUUGUAAAUAGCUCAAAGGAAGGGAUCGCACGUGUGAAAGCAGGGAACUACGCGUAUAUGAUGGAGUCGUCGAUGCUCGAAUACUAUAUGGAGCGAGACUGCCAUCUGCAGAGAAUUGGCGGAUUACUCGACUCAAAAGGCUACGGUAUAGCGCUUCCAAAAGGCUCACCACUUAGGGACAUCUUAUCUCGCACGGUUCUCCAGCUUCAAGAAAGUACUAUUCUCGAAGCGCUUAAGAAUAAAUGGUGGCGCGACAAGAGAGUAGAUGUAAUUACUCUUAUAGAUGGUCCUUCUUGUGCUCCUCAAGCGGAAACCUCGCAAACAUCGCCACCACAGAGCGUAUUUGGGAUUUUCUACGUCCUUAUUACGGGACUUCUUAUCUCGCUAGUAAUGGCUAUUGGUGAGUACUGCAUCGAAUCCAGGCACGACACCUUUCGUCUUAAGUUUACCGUACUCGGGAAGAUUCGCUACUGGUGGACAGGCCUGUACGCCGAAGAAAAAACGGAAAAGGCUCGAAACAAAUUGUGCAACCUGCAGCUUGACACAGCCGGCCAACCACCUCCCAGAAAUCUGAUGCCGCCACCUUCGUUCGAUGAGCAGGUGUUCUUCAUUUGUGACGGCUCGCAACGAUCUCGUGCUCCGUCCGCCAUCAGUACCGAAGGUCUUCGACGGCUCAGUCGCAUGCUUCCUGCCAAUCACGAGCAACUCAUUCAUAAUCGGCUCAAGAACAAAAACAUCUACAAAUAG